GUUCUGGAACUUUGAAACUCUUUCAGGCGUGCCCGCGCGACAUUGCCUUCUGAGAUUUCUUGAGUACGGCCCACUUCGAGUUUUAUAGUAUCUAUUGGCUAUAUUCGUCUAUGCCAUGUCUAUUGACUAUGCUAUGAGUUGACUUGAAUUACCCGCUCCAUUUAGGACAAACGUCUGCCAAUUUCAAAAAACCUGGCCUCCCCCACCCUCACGCGUAAAAACAUAUGGUUGAAGAUCCCGCAAAGCAGGGACCAUGGAUUGCAGCCCAGUAGCCAGCUUCUGACUGAAGCCGGGAGCCGUCCCACACCUUGAUGAUUUUGCGUACCGUUGGCCAUUCUCUUGAACUUGAUUUGUCUUCCAUGUUGGUGCCAUGGUCGACCACCGCAUUGCCAUGUGAUAGGCACAGCCAUGUGAUAGGCAUCAUCAUGGACCAAGGCUGCGGUGCCGUGCAGAUGCCACAGCCGAAAGAUUGGGCCCUGAGCACGACGCAGCGCUUUUGGCACUGGGCCGGCUCGCGUACGUGCUGCAGGAGCGCGGCGCGUUCGCCGAGGUCGAGCCGCUGCGGCGCCGAGAACUGGAGGCCCGGGAGCGGCGCCUGGGCCCCGAGCACCACGUGACGCUCAUCGCGGUGAACAACUUGGCGUCGGUGCUGUGCCGCCUGAGGAAGUUCAGCGAGGCGGAGGCCCUGCACCGCCGAGCUCUUGCAGGGCGCGAAGCGCACCUCGGUGCGAAUCAUCCGCACACGCUUCAGUCCAUGAACAACCUGGCGCUGCUCCUGGAGCAGCAGGGGAAGCUGAAUGAGGCAGAAGGUCUCCACCGCCGAGCCUUGGAAGGCUUCGAGUCCCAACUGGGACCCCAACACCCCUACACGCUCACGGCGGUCAACAACUUAGCCUUUCUCUUGGAGACGCAGGGCAAGUUGGAGGAGGCGGAAGGGCUGCACCGCCGAGCCUUGGAAGGCAAAGAGUCCCAACUGGGACCGCAACAUCCCAGCACGCUCGUCUCGGUGCACAACUUGGCCAAUCUCUUGCACAAACAGGGCAAGUUGGAGGAGGCAGAAGGUCUCCAGCGCCGAGCCUUGGAAGGCCGCGAGUCCCAACUGGGAGCCCAACACCCCGACACGCUCAAGUCGGCUAACAACUUGGCCGUUCUCUUGAAGCAGCAGGGCAAGCUGGAAGAGGCAGAAGGUCUCCACCGCCGAGCCUUGGAAGGCUGCGAGUCCCAACUGGGGCCCCAACAUCCCCAGACGCUCACCUCGGUUAACAACUUGGCCCUUGUCUUGGAGAAGCAGGGCAAGUUGGAGGAGGCAGAGGAGCUCUAUCGCACGGCCCUGACAGGGCGAGAAGGUCAGCUGGGCCCCGAGCAUCCGGACACCCUCAGCUCCGUCUACAAUCUGGCAGAUCUUCUGGAGGCCAAAGGCUCCUUUGCAGAGGAGCUGCAUGGGCCGGAUGCCGAAGAGGUCCGAGCGAGUCGCAACAACCUGGAGCGAUUCCAACAAGAGCACGGUCCAGUCGUUUGAAGGCAGAUCGGCACCUUUCAGCCCCUGACCCUGCACAUGGAGCCGUCAGCCAUCAUCAUAUAUUUGUAUCAACAUGUAUCAAUAUCUUCCGUUUCACUGAGAUCCAUAGAAGGUUAGAACCCGAAAUCAGUGCUUUGAAUUGCCAAGUGCCAAGUGUGAAA